GGUGCAGUACUACGAUGCCGCUGGAGUCACUCAAACCUCCAGAACGGAGCCUCUACUUUAGUCAAUCCUCACCAACUCGGGCCAACUCGUCCUUUACCCCGCAAUUUCGCCCUAAAUUCAUGACGUAACGCAUGUUGUACAUAAAAGCCUCGGGGAAGAGCAAAUAGACGAACUUUCUUCAGUAGCCAUUUUGUUGUCGAGAGGAGACUCAAUUCAGGUGUCCCAAGGUGAUACCGAGAGCUGGUGGAUCCCAGUUGGAUUGGCCACACGCUGAAUAUCAAAAUGGAGUCAAAACGUCACGAUCGAGGUCACCACUCGAGGUCGGACACACCAGAGGCCCCAUCACCACCAAUCUAUACAUCUAGCCACCAGGAGACCCACAAGAGAUCCCACACACGGCAUACACCAUCACCAGAGCACAGGACGGGUAAAUCCUCCCGUAACACAUCAUCUGAGAGAAGACGAAGACGUAGAAGUAUAUCGAGGCAACGUUCCCCAUUAAUCUCUUCCCGAAGAUGUUCCCGAUCGAGUGAACGCUCGAGGAGGCACUCGAGACGUGAAAGAACACUCUCAAGAUCACGGGGUAAAAAUCGAUCGCGCGAUCGACGAAGAAGCAGAUCGAGAAGUAUCAGUAGAAGUUUGACAAACAGUAGGAGUCCAAGCAGGAGCAGAAGUCGAGGUCGAAGGGAUAGGGAUCGUCAUCGCGAUGGUAGAAGACAUCAUCGAUCGUCCGACUCUGAUCAUCAUGGUGAGCAAGUUGAACUUGUUCAGCCAGUUGCACCAGCACUACCUAUUGUUCCAUCACAAUCCAAUGCCUUCGCCAAUGAUGGCAGCUUUAUGGAGAUGUUUAAGAAGAUGCAGGAGCAGAUGCAACCAACACCAAAACCAACAACAUCGUCUCUUGAGGAGAAACCAGUGGCACCACCUCCUCUGAUGGUGGGUAAAAGACGUGGGGGUAGAAUCCUCAAGACUGGAAUGGUUGCCAAACCUAAAACCGAGGAGAAGAGCGAACAGCCUAAAGACGCUUGGUCGUUGUACAUGGCGGAGGUGAAAAAGUAUCGGGAAGUCUGUUGCCAGGAGGAGGAUAAUACGAGGCCUCUCGUCAAAUAAUCUCCUGUAUUUUCAAUAAUUAUUUUUAUCUUAUUGUUUCAUUAUUCAUGGACUAUCGAGCAAGCAUCAGAAAAAUCAAGGAGAGUUAUAGUCCUUCAUUUCGAUUUUUAUUCCAUUUCCUCAUGAAAUAAUUGUGAAGAUAACUAGAAGACAUUCGUGCUCAAUGUUUUGUUAGAUUGACGUUUCAUUAUCAUGAGAUAAUUCGUCAGGGCGAUAUACGAUACGUACAGCUGUAAUUAUUCUUUCGUUGUUUAUCGAUAUAAUUGAGAUAUUAGAAAAUAGAUGAUAUUCCUGGAUCGAUUAUUUAAGAA